CCUGUGUCAUGGCGCCACAGUGCGUAUGCUCAGUGCAUUGCUGACACCUCCCGCCUGACUACCCCGUCAUAUUUCAUAAUUUCUACUGGCUGCGAACUGCAUUGGAAGGAUUUCUGGGAGACCAUCAGGCUACACAAUGCUCAAGAAGCCCUCUAGAUUCAUUUGUUCAACUCUUCAUAGAGUCGUCUGUACAACAUGACACUCACUACAUUGUUUCUCAUUUUGAAUGCUGUGUUAAUCAAUUUUUCCUGUGCAACCCAAAUCUGAGAAGAGAAUAAUAGUGUUUCAAAAAGUGAAAAAUACGCUGCCUUUGUGUUUGUUUUGUUUUGUUUUUAGCUUUGGUUUGUUUUUUUUUUUUUUUUUUUUUUUUUUUUUUUUAAUUAUAAAGAGCUGCCCCACUCUGGUGACACUGUUUGGAUUACAUCACCUAGAGAAGGGAAUAGGAUAAGUUUCACUGGAAGAACACAGGGCUGAGUAGGUGGAGCACAAGACACCAGUGGUGUCAAGGUUGAAAGGGAAAAUAUUCCACUUUGUUGUUUUCAUUUGUGCUCAUCAUGGAAACCGUUAUAACUUCUUUAACCUUGGAUCAUCAUCUGCCUCUCUACACUGGAAUUACUCCUCCUGAAACUACUUUGUGUUCCAAGUCUAUAGGAAGCAGUGACCAUGGAAGAUGUGCUUGUGAACUUCACCAUGGAGGAGUGGGCUGUGCUGAAUCCAUCCCAGAAGAAGCUCUACAGAGAUGUGAUGUGGGAGACGUUUAUGAAUAUGACUGCUGUAGGAAGGACCUGGGACUACCAGCAAAUAAAAGAAUACAAAUAUUGUUCAAGAAAUUUAAGAAAUAAAGAGGCGGUAAAAUUCUAUCAAAAUAAAACUUGGAAUCAACAUGAAAAAAUACUCCUUUGGACUUCAGCUCUGAAAAUGGAGAUGCAACAUUCUGCUCUAAAGGCAGCUAAAAGCCUUGCUUGUAGAAAAUCCCUGUCUGGCCAUUUAUCACAAAAUAUGUCCAUUUUUCCUGACACUGUACUGAAACAACAUGGAUAUAUGAAAUUUGAUGGCAAGCAGGGUGAUUGUAAUGAACAUGGAAAAUCCUGCAGCGAUUUGCAGUCCUUUCAGAAGCAUGCAAGGACAAAGCCUGAAGAGAAUCAACAUAAGCGAGGUGUGAACACCUUUUAUGACCCUAGGGAAAGAACUCACCUUGCAGAGGAGACCUUUGUAUGGAAGAAAAGAGUAAAGAGCUUCAGCCCUCACAGUGGAUUUAGAAUCCCUGACAUAAUUCACACUGGGAAGAAACCCUAUGUAUGCAAGCAAUGUGGAAAAGAAUUUGCUGAUAAUCCUGCAUUUUAUAGACACAAAUGCACCCACACAGGUGGGAAACCCUAUAUAUGUAAGCAGUGUGGGAAAGCAUUCACUACACUCAGUUAUCGUAAAAUACAUGAAAGAAGUCACACUGGGGAAAAACCGUAUGUAUGUGAGAAAUGUGGAAAAGCAUUCACUAGACAGAUGUGUUGUAAAAUACAUCAAAGAAGUCACACAGGGGAGAAACCCUAUGUAUGUCAGCAGUGUGGGAAAGCAUUCACUACAUUGAGUUAUUGCAAAAUACAUGAAAGAAAUCACACUGGCGAGAAACCGUAUGUAUGUGAGAAAUGUGGAAAAGCAUUCACUAGACAGAUAUGUUGUAAAAUACAUCAAAGAAAUCACAGUGGGGAGAAACUCUAUGCAUGUAACCAAUGUGGGAAAGCAUUCACUACCCUGAGUUAUUGUAAAAUACAUGAAAGUAGUCACAGUGGGGAGAAACCCUAUGUAUGUAAGCACUGUGGAAAAGCAUUUGCUACACAGAAGUACUGUAAAGCGCAUGAAAGAAAUCACACUGCUGAGAAACCGUAUGUGUGUGAGAAAUGUGGAAAAGCAUUCAGUAGACAGAUGUGCUAUAAAAUACAUGAAAGAAUUCACACUGGGGAAAAACCCUACACAUGUGAACAGUGUGGAAAAGCAUUUAGACAACAGAGUAAUUUUAAAAUGCAUGAAAGAAUUCACACUGGGGAAAAACCCUAUACAUGUAGUCAAUGUGGGAAAGCAUUCACUACACUGAAAUAUUGUAAGAUACAUGAAAGUAGUCAUACUGGGGAGAAGCCCUAUGCAUGUAAGCACUGUGGGAAAACAUUCAUGCAAAAGGGUACCUGUCAAAUACAUGAAAGAUCUCACACUGGGGAGAAACCCUAUAUAUGUACAUAUUGUGGGAAAGGAUUCAGUGCACUCAAAUGCUGUAAAAGACAUGAGAAAUCUCACACUGGGGAGAAACGUUUUGUGUGUAAGCAAUGUGGGAGGGGGUUUACUACACGCAAAUAUUUUCAAAAACAUGAAAGAACUCAUGUGGGUGAGCAACCCUGUGCAAGUAAACUGGAAUAAGACGUGCUAGUCCACAGAUUCUUAGGUCUCGCCCUGAUUUGGAGCCCCAUGUAUAUAAGCAGUGUGGGGACAGUAUUCAGUGAGCAGUUUUUAUAGACUACAUAGAAGUCACACAGCAGAGAAACCCUAUAUAUUUAAGUCUGUUUUGAAAAUCUUGUGAAAAUUCCUCAUGUAGAGAUUUAUAUAAAUUUAAUAGAAAUUUUGAUGUCUGUAUUCCUAAACAAAUUUUCCAGAAAAUACAAUCCCAGAUGGAGAUAUACUAGAGUAUUCCUUUUGUGUUUUUCCGUAAAUCACUCACAAAUACCUGAAUUAUGUUUCUGUUGUGUCGUCGCCGCCCCCCCCCCACCACCACCACCAGGGAAUGAACUCAUGAUCUUGCACUUACCAAGCAAGAGCUUGAAUCACUAAGCUAAAUCUCCGGCUAUGUAUCUGUUUUCUUUAUUACAAAAAAUUGACAUUGUUUUGUAAGCCAUUAUUUAUAAUGUAUACUGUCUUCUAAUUAAACAAGAUGAAUUGAACUGCAUUUUUUACUUUCAAGUAGGAUAUUUAUGUAGUUUUAAUUCUGUUUUUAUUAUCAGGAAAUAAAGAGUAAAUUAUUGUCUUUUAA